AUGGCGUCCCUUUCCCUUGCACCUGUUAAUAUCUUCAAGGCUGGAGCUGAUGAAGAGAGAGCAGAGACAGCUCGCCUGUCGUCUUUUAUUGGUGCCAUUGCCAUUGGAGACUUGGUAAAGAGCACGUUGGGCCCCAAGGGCAUGGACAAAAUUCUGUUAAGCAGUGGACGAGAUGCAUCUCUUAUGGUAACCAAUGAUGGUGCAACUAUUUUAAAAAACAUUGGUGUGGAUAACCCAGCUGCUAAAGUUUUAGUUGAUAUGUCAAGAGUUCAAGACGAUGAAGUUGGUGAUGGCACUACCUCUGUUACUGUUCUCGCAGCAGAAUUGCUGAGGGAAGCAGAAUCCUUAAUUGCAAAAAAGAUUCAUCCGCAGACCAUUAUUGCGGGUUGGAGAGAGGCCACAAAGGCAGCAAGACAGGCUCUGUUGAAUUCUGCAGUCGACCACGGUUCUGAUGAAGUUAAGUUCCGUCAAGACUUAAUGAACAUUGCAGGAACAACACUUUCCUCAAAGCUUCUUACUCAUCAUAAAGACCACUUUACUAAGUUAGCUGUGGAAGCUGUUCUCAGACUAAAAGGCUCUGGUAACCUGGAGGCAAUUCAUGUCAUCAAAAAGCUAGGAGGAAGUCUGGCAGAUUCCUAUUUAGAUGAAGGCUUUCUGUUGGAUAAAAAAAUUGGUGUAAAUCAACCAAAACGAAUUGAAAAUGCUAAAAUUCUUAUUGCAAAUACUGGUAUGGAUACAGACAAAAUUAAGAUAUUUGGCUCCAGGGUGAGAGUUGAUUCUACAGCAAAGGUUGCUGAAAUAGAACAUGCAGAAAAGGAAAAAAUGAAGGAGAAAGUUGAACGUAUUCUUAAACAUGGGAUAAAUUGCUUUAUUAACAGGCAACUAAUUUAUAAUUAUCCUGAACAACUGUUUGGUGCUGCUGGUGUUAUGGCUAUUGAGCAUGCAGAUUUUGCAGGCGUGGAACGCCUCGCUCUUGUCACGGGUGGUGAAAUUGCCUCUACCUUUGACCAUCCAGAGCUAGUGAAGCUUGGAAGUUGCAAACUUAUUGAGGAAGUCAUGAUUGGAGAAGACAAACUCAUUCACUUUUCUGGGGUAGCCCUUGGUGAGGCUUGCACCAUUGUUCUGCGUGGUGCCACUCAACAAAUUUUAGAUGAAGCAGAAAGAUCUUUGCAUGAUGCUCUUUGUGUUCUUGCCCAAACUGUGAAAGAUUCUAGAACAGUUUAUGGAGGAGGCUGUUCUGAGAUGCUGAUGGCUCAUGCCGUGACACAGCUUGCCAGUAGAACACCAGGCAAAGAAGCUGUUGCAAUGGAGUCUUAUGCUAAAGCCCUGAGAAUGUUGCCAACUAUCAUAGCUGACAACGCAGGCUAUGACAGCGCGGACCUGGUGGCUCAGCUCCGAGCUGCCCACAGCGAGGGCAAGACAACUGCUGGACUGGAUAUGAAGGAAGGUACCAUUGGAGAUAUGUCGAUACUGGGUAUAACAGAAAGUUUCCAAGUGAAGCGGCAAGUUCUUUUAAGUGCAGCUGAAGCAGCAGAGGUGAUUCUACGUGUGGACAACAUCAUCAAGGCAGCACCAAGGAAGCGUGUCCCUGAUCACCAUCCCUGUUGA